UCCAAGUCCCAGGAUCCUUCAUUCUGACAGCCAGCCCCUGGGAGUUAAUUAUUACAUGGAGUUGUAAGUUUAAGGGCUGCCUGGCUGAGCUGAAGACACUUUCCCCUCCUCCCAGCUGCUGCUUGGAGGUAGCAAAGGUUAGAACCACUGUGGCCCAUGCUGUUGCUGCUAGGCGGGGGAGACAGGCAGUGCAGAGCUCUGGGGCUUCCGGGCCACUGCUGACGAUGCCCGUAGUGAUGCCCUGCUGCCUGUUCACAGACCUUGGCCUGAAUGGAUCCUGAACAUGCAGCAGCACGGGGCAGCCCACUGAGCAACACCCUCUCUCCUCCCGUGUGGGUGACAUGGACUCCUGUGAGGGGCGUUGCCACGUGAUCGCCCCCCCUCGCCCACCGCACGCCGUCGCCAGCUGCAGUUGGCAAUGGACGCAGGGACCACUGUGUACAGUCCGUCUGCCUUCGGCUACCCAUCCAGGAGUGAGACAGGGGCCGGAGCUGCUGAGACCUGGAGAGCUGGUUCCCUCCCAUCCGAAUGCCCUGUGUGUGAGCCACGGGGCCAAGAGGAGCCCACGGUGGUGGAGAGCCAGGCCCCGUUCAAGGAAGGCAGCCAGCAGCUCCAGAAGCAGCCGGCGGUGGGACAAUGGAAGCCGCUGGCAUCAUCCAGCGGCGGGAAGGAGCUGCCGCAGCUGGAUGCUCGCUGCAGGGAGGCAGGUGGGGGAGACGACGACCAAUCCACAGCGCAGCGCAAUGUCUCCCGCCUGCGCAGCUCCUCGGUGGAGAUCCGUGAGAAGGGAUCAGAGUUCCUGAAGGAGGAGCUCCACAGAGCACAGAAGGAGCUGAAGCUGAAGGAUGAGGAGUGUGAGAGGCUGUCAAAGGUCAGAGAGCAGCUGGAGCAGGAGCUGGAGGAGCUGACAGCCAGUCUGUUCGAGGAAGCGCACAAGAUGGUAAGAGACGCGAACACUAAGCAGGCGGCGUCAGAGAAGCAGCUGAGGGAGGCACGAGGAAAGAUCGACAUGCUGCAAGCAGAGGUGACUGCUUUGAAGACUCUGGUGAUCACUUCCACACCUUCCUCUCCAAACCGAGAGCUGCACCCCCAGCUCCAAAGCCCCUCCAAAGCUGUCUUCAGGAAAGGGCACGGGCGGAACAAGAGCGCCAGCAGCGCAGUAGUCACAGCCACCAGCCAGAGCAUGCCCUUGGAGCCGGUCAGCAACGAGUGCAAAGAGUUUGGCGUGCCCACUCUCCUCUCUCUGCUCCUCUGUAUUGUCCCAGGGAAGGCCAUCCACAUCACCUACGAGCCAGGCUGGCAGGCCCUGGUGGCAGAUCCUUCCUCGUCGUCCUCCUUGCGGCAGGUCGACUCCAUCCUGUUCGCUGAGUUCCAGGCCUGGAAGGAAUCCCCAACUUUGGAAAAAUCCUGCUCCUUCCUGGAGAGGAUUUAUCGGGAAGAUGUGGGGCCCUGCCUGGACUUCACCAAACAGGAGCUAUCAGAGCUGGUGCGGGAGGCUGUGGAGCAGAACACGCUCACCAUAGAGCCCGUAGCUACCCAGGCACUGCCCGUGGUGAAGGUGUCGGCGAUGGAAUGUGGUGGACCAAAUGGGUUCCGGUCACAAAUUGUAACGAAGUGCGCUCUGAGUGGCCUGUCCCGAGCCUGCAAACACCGCAUCAAACUGGGGGAUUCUGGGAACUAUUAUUACAUCUCACCAUCCUGCAGGGCCAGGAUCACAGCCGUAUGCAACUUCUUCACCUACAUUCGCUACAUCCAGCAGGGCUUGGUGAGACAGGAUGUGGAGCUGAUGUACUGGGAAAUCAUGCGGCUCAGGAGGGAAAUGUCCAUGGCCAAGCUGGGCUUCUACCCCAGCGCGAUGUAGGCUGGGCCUCGCCGUCUGAAGGGAGCUGCCCCAGCACGAACGUCACGUACUCCAGCAGACAGACAGACUGAGGCAGUGCGUCUACGCCGACGGGGUUCCCUCCUUCUCCCGGCCUGACGUGAACCACAGAGGGGAGGAGGAGAGUUCCGCCGUCCAAAGGCCUCCUUGCUGCCGUUCUCACAGUGACUGAGAUGCAGACACCCCCACCUGCCCCCAGAGAUGGGCUGGUCCUUUGAGCUCUGGGGGGUGGCCAGCGCUAAGUUCUGUCCAUAGUGGACCCUUUUCCCUAUGCUGCCUGUAGCCAGUUUUUUUAAUUUUAUACACAAUCUUGCUUCUGCAGAUUCUCCGAAACCUGCUGUGCACGAGGCAGGUCCUGGGCUCCUCUGUUUGGCAGAGGGUCCUUCAGCACCGAACUGCAGCUGGGCCUUCCUAUAUCCACCCCCCUGCCUGAGCGAGGCGGGGUGCAGUAUUGCUCUGCUGUGCCCCCAGCCCUCACUGGUGCCCCUGCAAAUGCCAGCCCCGCACAGUAACCUCACUGAGAGCCAUGCAAAGCAUAUUUUCCAAGUGCUUCCCUGCUCCUCUGGCAGUUGCCUAUAGGAGUCGUUUUCCAUUCGCUCAGUCACAAAGAGGGGUUUGGUUUUGUAACCCAGCUCAGAGCUGCUGCUGGGAGAGCUACAGCGUAGGCCAAAGCUCUGUGCCUGGGGCCUUGGUCGCAGUGCAAAUGGAAAUUGCAGAACAGAAAGCUGGCCACAGCUAUGCUGAGGUUGGCUGUACUAGGCUGCAGACAGUGUCUCUUCAGGUCCUUGUGAGGCAGCGGUGCCUGGCUAUGGUCACUGCAGGAAUGAGCAGCUCUCUAUUGGUCUGCUAUAAACCCCAGCCAAGGACAGAUGCCUCCUAGCCACUCCUGUUUCUAGGCUGCAGCCUCAGGCAUUCACCUCCCUGCUGUCCCAAUAUAAACUCCAGCCUGGGGCUGUCUCCUCUCUGGCUCUCCUUGUAGCCCCCAACUCAGGCAGUCACUACUCAGUGUCUAGUUAUAGGCUCUGGCCCUGGGCAUUCACUUCUGUGCUGCUUCAUUAUAGAUUAAGGCCAGAAGGACCCAUUAGAUCAUCUAGUCUGACCUCCUGUAUAACAGAGGCUGUAGAAUUUCACCCAGCGACUCCUGUAUUGGACCUAAGCCUUGCCAGUGCUUCAGGGGUGAAAGUAACUUAAGGGACUUACCGGUGCGCAGGGCAGCCGGGGUCCUGAGCAAGGUUGGGGGGGAGGGCUGCUGGGGCCAGACUCCUCCAGCCAGCCCUUCAGCGUGGCCUUUUGGCGAUUUAAAGGGCCCAGGGCUCC